UAGUCUAUGGGUUUAUCAUUUUAACUUUAACCUUUAAAAUGCAGAACUAACUGUACUUUUCUCCGGAAUGGAAUGUGUUGUAUUUUUAAAGUGCUAUCAUUUUUAGAUAUACCUAAAUUCUUAUUGGAUUAUAAAGAUGGAUGAUAAAGGAAAAAAAGGUAAAAAAGUCGGAGCUGAUGGACUUACAAAGAAAGAAAGAAGAGCUUUGAAAGUUGAAACGGAGAAAAGCACAGAAAUAAACAAAUCGAGUACCAUUGAAAAGUUAAGUCACCCAAAAAAACAUGUAAUACCACCUCCCGUAAGCGAUAAUAAUAAGAGAGUGGAUCCUGAGCAACGUACGCCUGCCAAAUCUUCAUCAAAUGUAGACACAGUAAAGGCAGUGAUUUCACAAAACACAAACAGAAAAGAUGCAGAGAAAUCUGAGAAAAUUAGUGCAGCGUCGGAGUUGUCAAAAGCUGAACUCAAGGCCCAAAGACGUGCGGUACAGGAAGCUCAACGACAAGCAAAAGCAAGUCAGAAAGUCGUGACAAACGAUAAUCAAACUCCAAAAAAUAACAUUCGAUCAAAUGCAGCUGAGCCACCGAAAAGGAUUUCUCCAAAAAAAGAUCUUGAAAAGUCUCCCACUAAACACAGGGUCCAAUUAUUCCACCACUUAUAUAUCGAAGACUUUCAGGUGCAAAGUUUAAAAAAAUACACUAUAAAUAAGGACAUUCAUCCUGCCUUUUUACAAUUAGGUGCCCAAUACUUGUCUAGAUCAAUUUUAGGAUCGAAUGCUAGGUGUUUGGCCAUGCUUUCCGCAUUGAAAACCCUAAUAGACGAUUUUCAAACGCCCCCAAAGCAAGAAUUUUGUCGUUCGUUAGAAUCCACGUUAAAAACGUCGAUGAAUCACCUCAAAACCUGUAGGCCUUUCGCUGUCUCGAUGACGAAUGCUCUGAGACGAUUUAAAUUUUUUUUAACACAAAUCGACACCAAUCUAACCGAUGGCGCUAAACAAAGUUCACUUCAAAAGCGUAUUGAUAAGUAUAUAGAGGAAGAAAUAGUUAUAGCAGGCCAGGCGAUUAGUAAUGAGGUUAAUAAGAAGAUAUCCGAUAAUGAUAUUAUUUUAAUUUAUGGAUAUUCCUCAUUAAUUUUACAAAUUCUCAUUGACGCCGAGAAGGCUGGGAAGAAAUUUCGUGUGAUUGUAUUAGACGGGCGACCUUUACUUGAAGGAAGGGAAAUGCUUAGACGACUUGUAUGUGCCAAUAUUGAAUGCUCUUAUCUUCUAAUUAACGCAGUUAGUUUUGUGAUGGGUCGAGUCACGAAAGUGUUAUUAGGUGCUCACGCUCUCUUAGCCAAUGGAUAUGUAAUGUCACGGACGGGAACAGCACAAGUGGCGCUCGUUGCAAAUUCGUUUAAAAAACCAGUGUUGGUAUGUUGCGAGACAUACAAGUUUUGCGAAAGGGUGCAAACAGAUUCCUUCGUCUACAAUGAAAUUGCCGAUCCUGAUAAAGUGGUCACCGUUGAUGUGUCUGAGAAGAGUAGCUACUUAUUAAAUUGGCGAAAUAAUAAUUAUUUAACGCCAUUAAAUUUAAUGUACGAUGUCACACCAUCAGAUUUUGUUACUGCCGUCGUUACCGAAAUUGCUGUCUUACCCUGUACGAGUGUUCCAGUCAUAUUGCGGAUGAGACCUGUUGAAUAAUUAUUUUUUGUAUGAGACAUUGGGAACUUAUUAAAAAUUAUAAUAAUAAA